AGAAGAACGUUUAACACGGCUCUCUCUCUCUCUCUUAUCAGCGCCGAGAGCUGCGCAAUCGCCGGCUGGUCUGCCGCUAGCUAGCACUCGCGUUGAAAAGCGCCGCCGAGGCGCGCGCCACGCAGUGUUUGGAGCGCGCGCGACGCGGAUUGUCUACGGAGCGCGCCAAAGCUCCCAGCGGCCGCGCGAGCUUGCGACGAUGUCGCCCGGAAGAUUGUGCCCCGGUGACAGUGGCUGUCGGCCUGCUAUCGUUGUCGCUGCUCUCGUCGAUGCUGAAUUGUGACGACGCUGUCGCGUGCGCAAUUUCCCUGACAAGGCUACAUACCGAAAACCUAGCGAGCUUGCGAUCGCUUGUUCAACGAACUUUGCCGGCGAGAAGCCGCACCAAUUUCACCAGAAUGGAGACGAGUUCGGUGGUCGACGGUUUAACGCUGGAGGAUAACAGGAGCAUGCCGUUUGUGCCAUGGGAUUUCAAUGACGAACGCCUGACACCAGACAUGCGUUUCAAUGAGGGCCACGUUGUAAGUAUUGUCACUUACAGCAUCCUCAUGGUUAUCUCGUCGAUCGGCAACAUCACCGUUCUUGUGCUGCUACUAACUCGACGAGACAGCGCCCGCUCGAGGAUCAACAAUAUGCUCAUUCACUUGGCCAUUGCCGACUUGCUGGUGACCUUUCUGAUGAUGCCGGUCGAGAUUGGUUGGGCGUCUACGGUCACGUGGCGAGCUGGCGACGCCAUGUGCAGGAUAUCGUCCUUCUUCAGGAUGUUCGGCCUCUAUCUGUCUUCCUUCAUUUUGAUUUGCAUCAGUCUCGACAGGUAUUACGCAGUUCUGCGACCACUACAGAUGCUUGACAUCGACCGAAGAGGGAAGCACAUGCUUACCGCCGCGUGGAUAUGCUCAGCUUGUUGUUCGGCGCCCCAGAUAGUAGUGUUCCACCUGGAGAAGCAUCCGAGGAUCACGUGGUACGAGCAGUGCGUCACCUUCAACACAUUUCCAAGCUUCACCCACGAAGUCAGUUACUCGCUGUUCGGUAUGAUAACGAUGUACUUCCUGCCUCUCAGCAUCAUAAUCUUCUCCUACUGCAGUAUUAUUAUCGAGAUGUACAAGAGGUCUAGGGUCUCGGCUAACGAUGGCUUAAGACGCUCCUCGGUAGGAUUCCUAGGACGCGCGAGGACGCGAACGCUCAAAAUGACGGCAAUCAUCGUCACAGCCUUCAUUAUCUGCUGGACGCCCUACUACAUUAUGAGUAUCUGGUACUGGUUAGACAAAGUGAGCGCAAAGAAGGUCGAUAUACGGAUACAGAAAGCGUUGUUCCUAUUCGCCUGCACGAAUUCAUGCGUGAACCCAGUCGUGUACGGCGCAUUCAACAUUCGCAAGUGCAAUAAGGCAGCAGUGCGCAGACCCACCAUAGAAACACGAGAAUCUCCACUGUCUGUCUCUCUCAGUUAGGCUAUACUCGCAAGAUGUAUAACGCACGAAUAAGAACCUUUAGAGCUGCACUUGCGGAUAUGCACGUGCUUUUGUAAAUACGCUCGUAACUUCCCGAGCCUGAAAAUAGUUUAAUCGAGCUCGAUACUCGUAAAAAUAUUAGAACACGGCUAGCUGAGAGUAUGUGUGAGAAUCGUUGUGUAUAGGUAUAUAUGGACGCUGUAAUAAAACUGUCAUUAGGAGGUGGAGGUUGAAACUUUCUUGCCGAGAUCACACGUUAAUAACGAGUGUUGCCGCGAAUGCACGUAGUUUCUUCUUACACGCAUUUUCCAUCUACGAGCAAUAUCAUCUACGUGUAUAAGAAAGAAUGAACAAACAGUGGCUUUCAGUGUAAAUAGUGUAAAUACAAAGUAACCAAGUAGCCAAGAUCGUUCGAGGUGGUUGUACGUGGAUUCGCACGAUCAUAUGUCAUUGAAAAUCAAGCACUGCAACUAAAUCAAAAAAAAAAAAAAAAAAAACAAAAAAGAAAAGCAAAGCACAAGCCAAAUACGCACCAGUUGCAAUAAAG